AUGAGUGUACUCAUUGGUCGGCGCGAACUCUUUGCCUUUGCUGAACGGUACUCGUCCUGCCGGUUGAGGGACUACGCUGACCUCGCUGAUGGGGUCGUCCUGUGCAGCCUUUUCAACUUGGUGUUUCCGGAACUGCGCAUCCGCACUGCCUCGCCACAGACGCACACACUCUCGCAGCGUACUCAGAUGAAUUGGGCUGCGUUGCGCUCCGCACUGGACGAUGUGGGCAUUCCACUGAAUCUUCUGGAUCAAGGUGCGAUCCAGCACGGUGAUGCGGAGAAGGGGUUUUCGGCUUUGGUACUCUUUUACUUUUUGUAUCAUUUGACAAAACGCACCGAUUUCUCUGCGGAAUUCGCCACUGACGUGUCUGAACUACUCACAGAAUUUUUGCAGUCUAUUGAUUCCAUUGCAGCACUUGUUGUGGGUGGUGCUUUGCCCCUUACUGCCGUGCCGCCGCAGCUGCAGGAGUCGCUUCGCAUCGCUACCGUGGCGCGAAGACGUCGGCCUGCUCCAGGGCGGGCACAACGGAGAGAAGGGAGUCUCGCUGUGUCUUCUUUGGGGGUCUCCGAGGAAGAUAACGAAGAGUGGUUGAAGCGGCAGUUAAGUUUUGACACAGAGGCCAUGACAGUGUCGUCGCAGCUCUUAGAGGACGAAGUACGAGGCCCUGUACACGUAUCUAACGAGGCGCUAGCUGGAAGGCGGUGCACGGGUCAGAUUUCCCACCAGGGGAAGAGGAAGCAGAGGACCGACAAGGAAAGCACGGUGAUCAGGGAAAUUGCCGAAAAGGCUCGCAGUUGCAGUACAAGUAGCAGAAGUAGCCAUACGGCCAGAGGAGAGCGGGGCGUCAUGGGCCCAUCAGUCGUGGAACGUGAGGUGGAACUCCAACAGGCCCUCAUUGCCAUGUCAGAGGAAUGCGAAAAGCUCAAAGUGCAGAGAACGGAAUUGCUCGCGCAACUGACAAAGUUGCGCGCAGAGGCGUCGGCCAACUCAUCUUUGCCCAUGUCUGAAGAAAAUGAUGCUUCUAAGCAGAAACUGGAGGAGGAACAACGGAGGGUAGCGAUGCUAGAGGAGGAGCUUAUUCACCUGCGCCGUAUCCUUCAAAGGACGAGAGAGGAGCGUUGCAGUCAGACUCCAGCAUCGGCGUCCUUCGUGGAGGAGUUGUUAAAAGAUGUGGUGGACACAGAAACAGGUGAGGUUGUCAAUGUGCAUGAGACGGCCACAUCGUUGCACAGCGUCAUUUUGGACGCUCUGCGGGACUCCCCACGGAGGCGGCAUGAUGCACAGAGAUGGCUUUGGCUUAUUGUAUCUGCGUAUCAUGUGAUAGAGACACGUCUUGUAACAGCGUGUGACUUGGCUGCCAUGGAAUGGCGGCGCCUAGAAGGCAGCGGCAGCGACGGCAAUAGUUACAGCCAAAGCAGCAGCUGUAACUGGGUCUCUGAGGCAACCGCAGAAUUGCAGUCAACGCCGAAUACGACUGCGAAAAAAAUGCAUUUUUUUCAGACAGCGCCUCCUGCGUCCUUUUCGCCCGAUGUCGCAGCGUCCGCCACAAACGUGGCUGUGUCCAAGUUGGCGGCAGAGAUGGAGAGGCGGCAGAAGCAGUUUGAGCACCAGCUAUCUGAGCUGCACACAACUGAGAAGAAUCUGCGACAACGGGUCCACCAACUGGAGACGCAUCUUCGUCGUUUUGCAACGAAGGCCAUUGAGCGCGAGGUGAAGUGGAAGUCACUUUGUGCUGCAAUCCACGAGGCUGAGCGUAUAUCUUUUGGCAUCGCUGAGUCGGAGACAACCGAAGAAGUUGAGCAACUCUUGACUCGACGCCAGUCAUGGUACGCUCGCGCUGAGAAAGAAUCUGCCUUUUUAAUGCAGAAGGAUGCGGCCGACACGUUUGACACGGCGUCGGAGUCAACAGCAGGAGGCCAUGACGUAUGCGAGGCGAUGCGAACGCUCGUACUGAGCGUCACUCAAGACAGGGACCGACUGCAGAGGGAAAUCACGGAGCUGCGGAAGGUGUUUAAGGCGCCGGUGCAGCUUCCGCAGGCAAGUGCCCGUACGAACGCAUUGAAGGAUGCGAUACAGAAUCGUCUUUUGGAACAGAAGGAGUACGAGCAAGAUGAGGUGUGGUUUGUCCGCGCGGACUCGCGGCCGCCCUACACACUAAGCUCUCCGUCAACAAAACGUGUUUCUGUAACGCCAGCGAAGAUGCGAGGUGUCGGGGAGCACGAUGCUGCGACGCCGUUUGCGCGUAAUCUUUCGGCCCUUUUGGCGUCUGUGACACCGGUGUAG